AUGAAGUCAGCAAUAGUAAAAACAGGCGAUAUUAAAAACAACAUUAGAAUAUUACAGUCGUUGGUCCAACGAGCAGGAUUUAAAGACCGAAUAGAUUAUGCUAGCAUUGCGAAAGGGAUACCUACGGCCUUCUUGCCUUUAUUGCAUUUUCUUCUAACGGAGUAUUCUGUGGAACUAUCGAAGUAUUUACUUGAUAAUGGUUUUGAAUUUUUUAGCAAGAAUGAUUUACGCUUUAUUGAAGAAACUUUUAAGGUCUUACGUAAGAUUUUCAAUUACAAGCCCACCAUAAGUAUCGAUCAGUUUUUUACUGUUGGAUUUUCGGAAAGGAAAGUUAUUCUCACAUGCGACUUGGCUAGAAUCUGUAUUGAUAAAAACAAAGAACUAACCAGGUAUUUGGGGAUAGUAUGCGCUAUUAAUUGA